ACACUUCACAUAUAAAUGCAUACAAUUGAGGACUGGUUUUCAAAACCUUUUUAGAUUGUUGAAUUUAGAAAACCAACUACAGUCUACUCCUCCGAUCACCAACUAUAGAUGUUUGAUCUCAAUCUGAACAACUGCGAUGGGCGGUCGGUGGAAUCCAGCUCUAGCAACGACGACACGUGCUCCAGACGCGCCUCCUCUGCCCUCGUGACUCGAGACCUGUUCCCGCUGAGUGCGGUGCAAGCGCAAGCGAGGAAGGGGCGGCGGGGGCCGAGGUCUCGAAGCUCUCAGUAUAGAGGGGUCACUUUUUACAGGAGGACUGGCAGAUGGGAGUCUCAUAUAUGGGACUGCGGGAAACAAGUUUAUUUGGGUGGAUUUGAUACAGCUCUUGCUGCUGCUAGGUUAGACCUUAUAACUCUCAUAAACAUACUCAUUUUGAUCAAGUUUGUAAACCUCUCUGAUUGUAUCAGAGCGUAUGAUAGAGCUGCAAUUAAGUUCCGAGGUGUUGAAGCUGAUAUUAACUUUAAUCUCACUGAUUAUGCUGAUAUGAAUCAGGUGAUGAAUCUGCCCAAAGAAGAAUUUGUGCAGAUGCUUCGUCGCCAGAGCAGUGGAGUUGCAAGAGGGGGUUCUAAAAUUAGAGGAGUCGCAUUCCAAAAAGGUGGACGUUGGGAGGCUCGAACGGGGGAGUUUCUUGGGAAGAAGUAUGAGAAGGCAGCCAUCGUGUGCAAUGGAAGUGACACUGUCACCAGCUUUGAGUCAACCAAAAACAACAGUGAGGCAGUCUCUGAACUGCACAACGGAGGUAGCCAACAUGAUCUUAAUCUAAAUUUGGGGAUGUCUGUAUCUUCUCCAAAGAAGAGUGGAUGUCUGGAUUCUUUAAAGCUUCAUCAUGACGCCCAAACCACAAGAACAUUGAUGUUUCUGCAGCUACACGGGGGGAACUCUGCUGCCUCAGACAUUAUGUCUAACCUUCCACUCGAAGGAGUACCAGUAACAUCACAACAUCCUACUUUGUGUAGUGGUGUAGAUCCUCGGUUUGUUCCCAACAAUGAGGAAAGGGAAAAAAGUGCUCAACUGGAACUGGGAAACUUGGCUUGGAGAAUGAAUAGGCACGAUCAAACGGCUGCUGCAGCAUCAUCAGGAUUCUCAUCACCAGCUCCCUUGGGUCCUGCUUCUCCAGUUCCAUACGAUUAUGCUAACACAUUUGCAUAUUACUCUUGGUUGAAGCCAUAUCUGCCACCACCUUAGUCUUAAUGUGGAUGCCAUGUAGUAAUAGGGGAUCAUCGUCUUUUUUGCUCUUUUCUUUUAUUUCAAGGUAAAGAGGUUUAUAAUGUAGAGGAAGCCAUAGAUCAGUGGCAGACGUAGAAAACAAAUAUCGAGGAGCUACACAAACUUACAGCCUAUACUAUUCAAUUUAUUUGAUGUACAUAUGUGGCACAUGGCCAUCACUCUUUUAGUAUUCUAUAUGUAAGGUUCGACUUAAUAUUCUA